UCCGGAAGUUUCCCAGUUUUCGCGAAACGAAAGGGAAACUAAAAGUACAAUUUCUUAAAACUUCCUCAAUUGAAUGAAGAUUGAAUGUUGAAUGAGUUUAUUUCAUGAUUGUUAACGAGGGAUCAGACCAGUUUACAAAUUAAAAUUUAUCAUGGAGGGCAAUGAGAUGGAGAAGGAGCUGAACAAUGUCAAGGUCAUGUUGAGGUCUGUCCUGACCUCAUCAAAGGGUGGUGUGCCAGCUCAUGUACUUCAGAGAGACUACAGAGAAGCCACAUUUGAAUCCUUGCCGUACCAGAAGUUUGGUUACCGUAAUCUAGAUGCCUUUAUUGAGAGUAUGCCAGAUGUUGUUAAAAUAAGCAGAACUCCAACUGGUGAAAUCUAUCAUGCUGUAGCAGAUGAGAGUACAGCUCAUAUUGCUAAAAUGGUGUCUAAACAGCGUACUACAAAGAAGAGGAAAAGUUUAAAGCCACCAAGACGGAGACCAGCGCCAAGGUCAGCACCAUUCUAUUCACCAUGGCGGUCACAGCAACACAUAGUAUUGCAGCCUCUGAGACCCUGGCCUGGUAAGAGACCACCAAAGAAGACAUCAAGGUCUCACGGGAUGGACUAUGAAGCACAGCAGUCUCAGCCACGACCUUAUGGCAGGACCCUGCCUGGACAACAACACCAUCACUUGACAGUACAUACCGAUGGAGGGAGGAGGAGAGUUGACUUCCAGGGUCCAGCUAGAUUGUUACUGGAAACUCCUAAUCAAAAACAGACACAAAGCUACUCAGUCAACAGAUUUGAGCAGCCACCAAGGUUUAGAAAACUACAAGAACAACAAACUACAACUACAGAUCAUCCAGUUAAAAAAGCAUCACCACCAAGAGGUGCAUCUUCACCAUCUAGACCCCCCAAAAAGACUUCCCCAAAAACACAUGUACAACCAGUGGAUAUGGCAAAAAUUAAAGAUGGAAAGAAAUAUUAUGAUACACUGAUUGAAUACUGUAAGUCUCACCAUAUAAGUGACCUGAAGUUUGAGACGAUGCCGAGUAGGAUAGGACAAGUUUACUGCUAUGCCAGCUCAACCAGCAUAAAUCAAAGAGUCUAUGGAAGUGGAGAUUUAUUUGGAUCUAGUGUAGAAGCAGAAUUUGCAGCCUGUAGAACAGCUUGUGUAGAAUUAGGACUCCUUAAUGAAUCACCUGUACCAACCUCAGGACAAAAUAUAAUCUCACCAGACAAUCACUCAGAUUCUAACCAGGCUGUAAGGUCAAGGGUAAAACAGAUUCUUGAAUCCAAACCAAAUGGAUUAUGGAGCACUCGAUUUCCUGUAAUAUACAAAGAAAGAUUUCAGGAGGAUCCACCCGGAAACCUUCUAGAGUUAGUGAAGGCUUGGAAAGAUUUAUCUCGUGUAGAAUUUAACACAUUAACACAGACAGAAGUAUUCUAUCCUGUAAAAGAAACAUCACCACCUCCUGUACAAGCUAUCCCAUCUCCAAAGAAAGAUGUUCCAGUUCUUACAGAAAUUCCAUUUCCUAUCCAAAAUAGUUCUCAGAGAAAAGACUUCAAAAUUCCACAAGGAAAAACUCUGCCAUUGGGAGAGAAAGUUGUUGUUUACAUCACAUUUAUACACAGUAUUGGUUGUUUUUGUGUGCAGUUAGAAGAUAGUCCCAUUGAGGCGAUUGUAGAAGGUUUAGCUCAGAUAGAUCAGGAACCAGUCCCUUUGGAAAGUGAUUUAACUAAAGGAAAAUUUGUGGCAGCUAUGUAUAGUUCAGAUGACAGUUGGAGUAGAGCUGAAAUCCUGUCUGAAUCUCCUGAAAAUUCUGUGAUAACAGUUUUAUAUGUUGAUUUUGGUAAUGAUGAGAAGUGUAAGUCCUGUAACACACGAUGGCUGUCAGAGAAAUUAUCAACAUACCCUGUCCAAGCUAUUUACUGCUCAUUGUAUGGUAUACAGCCACUUCAGGGAGAAGAUGAUUGGUCAAAAGAUGCCUGGACGAAGUUUGGAGAUAUCGUUAAGGAAGAAGCUCUGGUGGCGAUUACCCAAAGUUAUACAGAUGAUGGGAUCUGUGAAGUAGACCUUUACUUAAAGAAUGACAGUGAAAUCUCUAUUAACCAAAAGCUGAUAGAACUCGGUCUGGUACGAGCUCUUGAAGAAAUCGUGAUAGAAGACAGCAUAUCAGAGGCAGAGUCUGACUUAGAACCAGAGCCACUAAAAUUACCAGAAGAGAAUGAAUGGGAUGUCUACAUUUCUUUUAUAAACCAAUCCUCUAAAUCUGUGGUGCUCCGACUUGUAGGAGAAAAUUAUUCUGAGAAACUUGAUGAGUUUGACAAUGAAUUAGAAAAAAGUUACCAAUCUUGUAUGGCAGUGUGUUCUGUGGAGGAAGAUGGUUUAUACAUAGCGCUGAUAGAUGAGUUAUACCACAGAGUCAGAGUAUUAUCCAUCCUGGACGACACUACGAUUGAGUGUUAUUUCCUAGACCAUGGUGACACAGAAAGGGUUAACAAAGAUCAAUUGAAAUCUCUAGAUCCCACAGUCAACAAACUUCUUCCAUACCAGGCAAUAGAAGUCUCCUUGUAUGGUUUAGAGGAAAUAGCAACCAACCCAACAACUGUAGACAAAUUACUAGAUCUAGCUCUUGCUAAAACUUGUGUGGCCGAGAUUAUCUCAAGAGAUGAAGGCUUAUCUGUGAUACUUUAUGAUACCGGUAACGAUGAGGAUGUAAAUAUAAAUGAAGUCAUAGCAACAGCAGUGAUGGAGGAAACAGAGGCUAGAAUGAUGGCUGUAGGUGACUUUCAACCAGCAUCAAUAUCAACGGAAACUUCCCCAGUGAAAGGGUUGUCAUCUAAAUCCAAGAAUUUAGAACAAGCUUUAAAUUCUUUGAAAAUUUCUCAAGAAAAAAAAGCCACUUCAGACAUUAAUGAAGAGGAAGAAGGGGAAGAAGAAAAUGGAGAUUCUGAAGGAUCAUGGGAAACUGAGGAAGAGGAAGAGGUUGUUCCUGUUAAAGGAGCAAUGAAAAAAGUGAAGGAUAAAAAUAGUAACAUGGUCAAAAUUAGCACAAAGAAAAAUGUGACUACUUCUGACGAAUUAAGUAAUGUACAAAAAUCAAAAUCACAAUCACCUGAUUCAGAAGGUAAAAACUUGUAUACCUGGAAGAAAUCUGGUCAAAGGGGGGAGGCUUCAGGUGUGGAUGUUGAUGAUGAGAUGUCAUUGUGGGUUCAUGAGGAAUAUUGGAAACGCCCUCUUCCUCAGCCUAUGAAUAUUCCAGAGAGGGGAGAUUAUAUCGAUUGUCAUGUAUCUAAAGUAUUUGAUCCCACAAAUUUUGUGUGUAUCCCGUAUGGAUCCAUGGCAGAUUUGGACCAGUUGUUGAAAGAUUGUAUAGAAUAUUUUAAUCUACAUUGUAUAGAUAGGAUAUUACAACAAAAGGAAAUCAAAGUAGGUCAUUUAUAUGCAGGUCAUCAAGGAGGGGCCUGGUACAGAGUGCUGAUAAAUAAGAGAGUAGGUCCUGGAUUGGUUUCUGUGUAUAUUGUUGAUUUUGGAGAAUAUAAUGCUAUGACAGUAGAAGAAAUUAAACCGUUACCAUGGAGGUUUUGGAAGUUACCAUUUCAAGCGUUUAAAUGUAAAUUACAUGGUAUAAAACCAGUAAAAGGAACACAGGUUUGGUCAGAAGGUGCUAAACUGAAAAUGAAACAGAUGGCUGAGGAAAAAGAUUUAGUUGGACUAGUGUGUGGCAAAGAAGAAAAUGGGGUUGUGUCUCUUAGACUUGUCGAUACAGCUACUGAAAAAGAUGUGUGUUUAGACGAAACUCUAUUGGACCUGGAAAUGGCUCAAAUAAUUGAACCAACUUCAUGAUAUGCCAUGUGAUCUGAAAUAUUCAGUAGAAUAGUUGAAAUGUUUAUUUUAACAACCUUUUUAAUGAGAUAAUGAAGUAGAUCCACACAAUAUUCCUCAGUCAUGUGAACUAUUGUUAAAGGGUUACACAGAAAACUUUAAUCCUUUUAAAAAAACCUGACUGAGAUUACACGAUUCAAUAUUAGAACAUUAUUUUCCAAUAUUUUUUGUCGAUGUUAGUAUAUCUAUGCAUUGUAUUAUUUAUUUAAAUGAUUUCAGUUGUGCCAUGAGUAAUUAAUGAAAGAUGUGUUUUUUUUCUUCUUUUUUUUUCUUCAUUACAAGAGUACAUAACUGAAGUAAAAAAAGAUUGUUCAGAACUAAUUCACAAGAGUUACUGGGAAUAUUCCAUUUACAAAUAUCUGAAAAAGGUAUUAUGGCGAAGUUCACCUACUUAAGAGCUUUACUUACAAAAUGUCCCUUUCUUUCAUGGCCAGUAUUUUUGUUUGUUACAUUAUGUGAAAAGUUUAUCGAUGAAAGCAAACUUUGUGAACUGUCUUCUUAGUGCUGUAUUUGUAGGAUUGCUUUUACUAGUUCUCUACAGCUUAGGUUGGAUUUGCUUUAUCACUCUGUCCACAAUGAAUGGAAGUGGUCACAGAAUGGGCAUAAGUGUAAAAAGCACAUGAGAUGGUGUACAUUUUAUAAUUAAUGUAAAUACAAUACAACAAUGCCUGUUCCAACAACAAUUGAUUUUUUGGGGCAUCCUAUGGGCAUUGUUUUUAAGUUACAAGUUUCCACUUUUAUGCUUUUUUUUUCUAAAACUUUACUUUUAACAUCAGUUUAAGAAAAGAAGCAUAAAAUUGGACAAGCACUUAGGUACAGCUCAAUAGACUUAUAUGUUAGAUUAUCUCUGACAGCAAGCUUACAUUUUUUGUUUAUUUUUGUUUAAAGAUUGUAAAAUGUACAAUUAUCAAAACCUAUACCAAAAAGAAUGUCAUAAAGAAAUGAUUUAUUCUUUAUUCUUUAAGAUUAAAAGAGAAAUUUAUUGUUUUUAGUCAAUCUUGAUAUUCAUCUGACAAGAAUUAAAUUAUGAGAUUUUGAUAAACCAUGAAUAUGAAUUCUACCAUACGCUGAAUAAUAGAUACAGCACUCAUUGGUGGAUAUAUUAGGAGCAUAGAAGGUUGCCCUCCUUUUAAAUGGAAAAUAUAUCAUGUUUUAGCAUAAAAUCAAAAAUAUUUUUCAGUAAAUAUUCCAUUUUUUCUUGAAUUCACCCCCUUUCAAAAAAAUCAUAUAUCCGCCACUGGCACUGUAUAGGAUUUAAUUAAACUCAAAUCAUGAGUUAAAUUUUUCUACUUGAUUGUAUGUAGAUAAUCAGAAUAAAGAAAGAUACUUUUUCUUAUUAUAAACCUUGUUUUAUUUCAAUAAGCAUGUAUAGGAAAUACCCAACAGUUGUUUUCAUUAGCUGGUUGCAUUACCUAAUAAUCUACAGUAGAUCUACAUAUACCUUAAAAUCACCAGUUCAUAAUUGUAAUAUGCUUAAGGACUUGGGGUAGCUUUAAUAUUGUGACACAAAAAUGAAAAUAAUAUUUCACAUCAGCUGAAAUACCUUUGUUUAAAAGGAUGUUAGCUAAUUACAAUUACUAUAUGUAUGUGACACUCUUGAAAAUAUUAUCCAGAAUGGGUUCUAUUUCGAGACAUUGAAUUCCUCUACAUAAUAUAUCACCAAUUUCAUAGUGAACAUUUUCAUAUUGUGUAAAUUGCUGUGGUCAUUUUGUCUUUAACAAGGCAUUUAAACUGCUCUACAUGUGUAGAGUUAAAAAGAUGUAUAGAAUUGCUAGAAGAUGGCUAUUGUAUGAGUAUGAACACUAUUUGUUUUGAUAUUUUAAUUGUUCAGUUAUAUUGUUAAACCUAUCACUUCAAUAAAUGCUUCAAUAAAAUGAUUUACUUUUGUG